AUGCAGCGACAAAUGACCGGCAGGUUGCUUGCGGCUACUAGGAGCCUACCUAGGCCGGCAGUACGACCAUUGGCCGUCAGGCAAUGGGCUGUCACGAGGACGUAUGCAUCGGAUUCGUUACCAGCGAGCCAUGAUAAACUUCUCACGGCCGCCCUCGCAGAUGCCGAUCCUACGGUAGCUGAAAUCCUCAAGAAAGAAAAGCUGCGACAACGGGAGUUUAUCAAUCUCAUUCCAUCUGAGAACUUUACCUCCCAGGCAGUUCUAGAUACUCUUGGUUCGCCGAUGCAAAACAAGUACUCGGAGGGUUAUCCGGGUGCACGGUACUACGGCGGUAACGAAUUCAUCGACCAAGCAGAGCGUCUCUGCCAGCAACGGGCUCUCGAAACCUUCAGACUUAACCCAGAGGAAUGGGGCGUCAAUGUUCAGCCACUAUCCGGCUCCCCCGCCAAUCUCUACGCCUACAGCGCUGUCAUGCAGGCUCACGACCGUUUGAUGGGUCUCGAUCUUCCACAUGGUGGACAUUUGUCUCAUGGUUACCAGAUCCCUUCUAAGCAUAUCUCUUUUAUCUCCAAGUAUUUUACAACUAUGCCAUACCAUCUGAACCCAGAGACUGGUAUUAUUGACUACGAUGGACUGGAAAAGACCGCUCAAGUUUUCCGACCAAAGGUUAUCAUCGCUGGAACAUCGGCUUACAGCCGAACAAUCGAUUAUGAUCGCAUGCGGAAGAUCGCGAACCAGUGUGGUGCCUAUUUGUUGAGUGAUAUGGCUCAUAUCAGCGGUCUCGUGGCAGCGGGCGUGGUUGAAAGUCCGUUCCAUACGAGCGAUAUCGUUACCACUACCACGCAUAAGAGUCUGAGAGGACCCCGCGGUGCGAUGAUUUUCUUCCGCAAGGGAGUGCGAUCAACAGACAAGAAAGGAAACAAGGUCCUCUACGACCUUGAAAACCCAAUCAAUGCCUCCGUUUUCCCAGGCCACCAAGGAGGCCCGCAUAAUCACACCAUCACUGCGCUCGCCGUUGCGCUCAAACAAGCGCAAUCGAAAGAGUUCAAGGAGUACCAAGAGCAGGUCAUCAAGAAUGCAAAGGCACUAGGUGGAAAAUUGCGCGAUAUGGGAUAUAAGAUUGUGGGCGGAGAUAUUGAGAAUCAUCUCGUGUUGAUCGAUUUGAAGCCUAAGGGUAUCGAUGGAGCAAAAGUAGAGAGGGUCCUAGAGUUGUGCAAUGUCGCUGCCAACAAGAAUACAGUACCGGGCGAUAAGUCGGCGAUGAAACCGGGUGGGUUGCGACUUGGAUCACCGGCCAUGACAACCAGAGGCUUCGAUGAGAGCGACUUUGAGAGGGUGGCAGCAGUUGUCGACUCCGCUGUGACGAUCGCCAAAGAAGUCGAGACUUCAACUGGGAAGACAAAGAUCAAAGAGUUCACUGAGGAGCUUGCAGAUGGUGCCAAGUUUGAGAGCUUGGUCAAGCUGAGAGAGGAUGUCAGGAGCUGGGUGAGAGAAUUUCCAGUGCCUUGGACGCAUUGA